AUGGCCAGCUCCUCUUCAUUAUCCUCAUCUUUUUCACCAUCAAUGGGGUUUGAUUUUGAUGAGAAACCGCAUGUUUUAGCUGUUGAUGACAACAGCAUAGAUCGCAAAGUCAUGGAAAAGUUACUCAUCAACUCUGCAUGUAAAGUGACCACAGCAGAAAAUGGGAAGAUGGCAUUAAAAUAUUUGGGGUUAGCUGAUGGACAACACCCUAAUCAUAGUGAUUUGAGGGUGAACAUGAUCAUCACUUAUUAUUGCAUACCAGGAAUGACAGGGUAUGAACUACUGAAAAGAAUUAAGAAAUCACCUACCAUGAAGGAGAUAGCGGUAGUUAUAGUGUCAUCUGAGAAUAUCCCUAUGCGAAUUAAACAGCGCUUGGAGGAAGGAGCUCAAGAAUUCCUGUUGAAGCCUCUUCAGCCAUCAGAUGUGACAAAACUAAGAUGCCACAUAAAAAAGCUGAAGAAUCCAUCAGAAGGGAGGCUUUGCAGGGGAAAAUAA